UCGCUUGAACCCGGGAGGUGGAGGUUGCAGUGAGCCAAGAUCAUCACACCACUGCACUCCAACCUGGCAAAAGAGUGAGACUCUGCCAAAAAAAAAAAGAGCUCUCCUCUCCACCAGACCACUGCUGAGCCACCAUCAUGGAUACCAGCCGUGUGCAGCCUGUCAAGUUGGCCAGGGUCACCAAGGUCCUGGGCAGGACCGGUUCUCAGGGACAAUGCACGCAGGUACACGUGGAAUUUAUGGACUACAGGAGCUGCUCCAUCAUCCACAAUGUAAAAGGCCCCGUGUGCAAGGGCGACAUGCUGACCCUGUUGGAGGCCCGGAGGUUGCGCUGAGUCUCGCUGGGUUUUGGAUGUAAGAUUCGACCACUUGAGAUGGAAAUGGUGUGUCACAAUCUCGUCCUUUAUUUUGUGCUGCCACAUGUAAAUUGAGAUGGACCUUUAAAUAAAGCGUUUGUG